AUGGAAAUCGUGCAGGCGAAGCCGCACGGACUGGUCGCCGAGGAAAGGGAAGGAGGAGAAGCGGGCCUAGGAGCGGCCCCCGGACCAGGAGGAGGAGAAAGAAAAACGGGGCUGUAUUUCCCCAAUAUGCUGAUAAGCAGCCACAAGGGGGAAGUGUACUCAGUGAACUUCUCAUCCGACGGGAAGUUCAUCGCGUCUUCCAGCUUCGACAUGACGAUAAUGGUGCACAGUGUAUACAACGAGUGCGAAACGCUGAGCGUUUUAAGGGGACAUAAAAACGCAGUGUUGCAAGCCAAGUGGUGCCGAGACGACACACACAUAUGCAGCGCAUCGGCAGAUUUCAAUGCCUUCCUAUGGGACAUAGAAAAUGAAGUCAAAGUGAGAAGUUUUAAGGGACACACAAGCAUCGUUAACAGCUUGGAUGUGAUUAAUUACAAUUUGUUUGCCACCUGUAGUGAUGAUUCCACUGUAAAAGUUUGGGAUUUUAGAUGCAAAAAGUGGGUUCACACGAUCAGCUAUGACUAUCCAUUUUUAGCUAUCUGCUCAGACAAGAAGGGGGAAUCUCUCUACGUCUCCUCUGUGGACGAUAAAAUAAGCAAAUAUGGCGUUAGCAGUGGAGAGUUAGAAGACACCUUUACAGGGCACAAGCAUUACAUAAGCGGCCUAGCUAUAAACGACGAAGAGACGGUCUUGGCAUCCCUCAGUGCAGACGAGACGAUCUGCUUUUGGGACAUUCAGCCCUUCCCCUGUGACGAGAAACUAUUAUUCCAUCUGCCAGCACCGAGGUUUAACAUCGAUUACAAUUUGAUAAAACUGUCUUUCAAUAACGACAGCUUGCUUGCCUGUGGAAGCGGAGACAACCAUCUCUACAUUUAUGACUACAAGCAGAAGAUGCUAAAGUACACCUUGCCCGGUCAUACGAGCACCAUAAACGACGUUGCGUUUCACCCCUAUGAGGAGAUUGUGGCGUCCUGCUCGUCAGACAAGACGAUUUUUCUGGGCGAGUUGUAA